AUGCUUUCCCAAAUCACAUAUGGGCUUAAAACAAUUCAUGACGCAAAUUUUAUACACCGAGAUUUUCAUAGUGGAAAUAUAUUACUGAUAGACCUCGAAUGCCAAAUAGGAGAUUUGGGAUUAUCACAACCUGCAACUAACACCAUUUCAAAUGAUGAAAUAUAUGGGGUAAUACCUUAUAUUGCGCCGGAAGUAUUUAAUGGUGCUCCAUUUUCAAAAGCUUCUGAUAUUUAUAAUACAGAGCAAUAUAUUAAAGCCGAACAAAAAAGAAGUGAUUCAAUGAGUUCAGGAUCGCUUGGUCCUGAACUUGAUGAAAUACCAUUAAUUUCAAGCUUUUCCUCCAUUAAUUCGUUUAAAUCACUUGAUAUUAACAAUAGCAUUGCACAAGGUGGAUUUAGUAAUAUUUAUCAUGCAACUUGGUCAAAUGGUGAAUAUCAACAUAGCUUAGCUAUCAAAGGUUUUUCCAAUUCACUAAGAAAUAUUAACAAAUACUUUUUGAAUGAGUUAAAAUCAUACUAUUAUUGUUAUAAAGAACGUAGUAAUAUUCUACAAUGCUAUGGAGUUACAAAAAAUCCUGAUACAAAUGAAUAUAUGAUAAUAGUGCAAUAUGCAAAUGAUGGAAAUUUACAUUAUUUACAAAAACAUUUCAAAGAUAUCAGAUGGGAAAGAAAAUUAGAAAUGCAAGCUUCUGAUAUUUAUAGAAAAAGACCUGAAAUUACAAGUGAUACGCCUGAAUGUUUUGUUAACUUAAUGAAACGAUGUUGGAAUUCUAUAACUGAAAUUCAUAAAACACUUAGAUUGCUUGGUCCCGAAUUUGAUGAAAUACCAUUAAUUUCAAGCUUUUCUUCCAUUAAUUCAUUUAAAUCACUUGAUAAUAACAAUAGAGUCACUUUAUUUGAGGUUAAAGCCGGAAUUUAUAUGAUCUUGGAAAUUAGUUUAUGGAUAUUUAACGUUAAGAAUUCCGGACAUAGAUUUUGUUCCAAAAAAUGUAAUUCUAGACAUUUUUAUGAUGAACCCAGUGACAUUUUCCGGACAUUUAAUUUCAUAAGGUAG